AUGGCCGGCCCUGUGGACACCGCGAAGGACAUCACGAAGAAGCGCAAGAGAAAGCACGGUUCCAAGUCCGCCGAUAAUGAAGAAGCCCCCAAGCCUGUGAAGGCCCAGGCUAGCCCCGAGGUGGCCUCGAAAAAGGCCGCUGCGCCCUCCAAGCCCGCAUCGGACAAGUCGACGAAGAAGCGCAAAGUGAGCCAUUCGCCCAGUGACGACGAGGAGAGCGCCAACGAGGUCGAAGAGGAGAACGAGGACAGCGAGGAGGAUGAUAACGAGGAAGUCGGGGAUGCUAUUGAUGCUAAGGUGGAGGAUGCUUCAGAUCUGCCAGUCGUGGGCGAUGUUCGCCUUCCCCAGAUGGAGGGUGAGAAGCAAAAGUUCUCCGAGUUGAACCUCUCCGAGAAGACUAUGAAGGGUAUUCAAGAUAUGGGCUUUGAGACCAUGACCGAAAUUCAGCAGCGUACCAUUCCCGCACUACUUGCUGGACGUGACGUCUUGGGUGCUGCGAAGACCGGUUCCGGCAAGACUUUGUCCUUCUUGAUUCCUGCCAUUGAGAUGCUGAGCGCACUGCGUUUCAAGCCGAGAAACGGUACUGGUGUGCUCGUUGUCUCUCCGACCCGUGAAUUGGCGCUGCAGAUUUUCGGUGUUGCCCGCGAACUCAUGGCCCACCACUCCCAAACUUACGGUAUUGUUAUUGGAGGUGCCAACCGCCGCGCCGAGGCCGACAAGCUGGCCAAGGGCGUCAAUCUGUUGAUCGCCACUCCCGGUCGUCUGCUUGAUCAUCUCCAGAAUACCCAGGGCUUCGUCUUCAAGAACUUGAAGACUCUGAUCAUCGACGAGGCCGACCGUAUUCUUGAAGUCGGUUUCGAAGACGAGAUGCGCCAGAUCGUGAAGAUUCUACCCAAGGAGGAGCGUCAGACUAUGCUUUUCUCUGCUACACAAACCACCAAGGUUGAGGAUUUGGCCCGCAUUUCCUGCGCCCUGGCCCGCUCUACAUCAAUCAAGGAGCACAGCACAGUCGAGGGUCUGGAGCAAGGUUACGUUGUCUGUGAGGCCGACAAGCGUUUCUUGCUUUUGUUCUCUUUCCUCAAGCGCAACCUGAAGAAGAAGAUUAUUGUCUUCUUUUCCAGCUGUAACUGCGUCAAGUACCACGCAGAGCUCCUUAACUAUAUCGACCUCCCCGUUUUGGAAUUGCACGGCAAGCAAAAGCAGCAAAAGCGCACCAACACCUUCUUCGAGUUCUGUAAUGCCAGCCAGGGUACCCUGAUUUGUACCGACGUUGCUGCCCGUGGCCUCGAUAUCCCGGCCGUCGACUGGAUUAUCCAGUUCGAUCCCCCGGAUGACCCCCGUGACUACAUUCACCGCGUCGGUCGUACCGCCCGUGGUUCCAACGGCAAGGGCCGCAGUUUGAUGUUCCUGCAGCCUUCAGAGGUCGGCUUCUUGAAGCACCUCAAGGAGGCCCGUGUCCCCGUGGUUGAGUUCGAGUUCCCCAACUCGAAGAUUGUGAACGUCCAGUCUCAGCUGGAGAAGCUCAUCGGACAAAAUUACUAUCUGAACAAGUCCGCGAAGGAUGGAUACCGAUCAUACCUGCAGGCUUAUGCCUCCCACUCUCUCCGCUCCGUGUUCGACGUCAACAAGCUGGACCUUGUCAAGGUGGCCAAGGGCUUCGGAUUCUCCGCCCCGCCGCGAAUCGACAUCCAGCUGGGUGCCAGCUUGAGCCGUGACAAGAAGCAGGAGCAGCAGGGACGGCGGACAUACGGCAGUCAGCCCAGGAACGGCAAGGGACUGAAGUUCAAGCGCAAGCACGAUGAUUAG